CUGCGCCGCAAAACAAAUUGUGAGCCAGGCCCAGGCUACCAUCCAAGAUGUGGCAAAGGUCUAAUUUCACGAUCUGAUUAAGUUAUGGUCAUGGCGCUCCCCCGCAACGCCAUGGCUUUCCUCCACCACCAUCAUCAACCUCGAUUUAUUGCUUUUCGGUGCCAAAUAUGAAGGUACGGCUGGAGUCACUCGUUUUCAGCCUCCUCGGAGCAGCUCAACAUGUCGAAGCGGCAAAGGUCCUCUCGUUUGACAUUUCAAGAAGAGCGAAUUCGAUUUCAGGGAUCAACGAGAUUCUCAGACGCAGAGACCUCUCUAAAAGCUUCACGGAGGUGAUAGACAACAUAGGUGCCGGGAACGGGUAUACAGCCAACAUAUCCGUCGGCACCCCCCCACAGCCUCUAAUUCUCGGAAUUGAUACCGGGAGUACGGAUACCUGGGUCCUGUCCAACACUGCGAAUAUAUGUGUGGAUGUGGCGCUGAUGAAAGAGGGUGAGACCUGUGCGCAUGGGACGUUUAAUGCUAAUAAGAGUUCUACGGUGGAGACGGUGGUUCCUGGGGGUUUUAAUGCGACCUAUGUGGAUAAGAGUGGUGCGAGUGGGGAUUUUAUUACGGAUAUGUUGAGCAUUGCGGGGAAUGAGGUGAAGGGGAUGCAAAUGGGUCUUGCAUUCAGGUCUACGGUUUCGCAAGGGACGCUGGGGUUGGGAUAUGACACUCUCGAAGGCGCCAAAACAAAAUAUCCCAGUUUCAUCGACCAGCUAGUAUCCCAAGGCUUUAUCAACAGCAAAGCCUUCUCCCUCUACCUGAACGACCUCACCACCUCAACAGGCAACAUCCUCUUCGGCGGGAUCGACACCGCAAAGUUCACCGGCACCCUGCAAACCCUCCCUCUCAUCCCCGCCCUCCCCAACGACCCAAUCUCCUACUACGGCGUCGUCCUAACCUCCGUGACGAUCACCUCCUCCGAUGCAAAUAACAGCUUCCCCCUCACUUCAACAGCAAGUGACGGCUCAGCGGUGAACGAAAUCGGCGUCGUGCUCGACUCCGGCGCCAUGUUCACCUACCUGCCCACCGCGCCCGUCCAGGCAAUCUACAAGCUUCUCGACGCCGUCGUCUCGCACGUCUCCUCCUCGUUCAUUUUCGUAGACUGCGCCUUACUCGUCCCAGCCUCGGGAAUACCCACUACUGUUGAUUUCCAGUUCACGUCCCCCACUGGACCAAUCAUCAAAGUUCCGUUAAACGAAUUUGUCUUCCCACUCUCAGAUUACGCGGCGAUAGCAGAGCAUAUCUCGGCACUGGGCACGCUGCCGUUUAAGGAUACGUGUUUGCUUGGUCUCCUCGGCGCUGAUGAGACGGGCGGCGCGAUGAUACUGGGAGAUACGUUUUUGAGGAGUGCGUACGUGGUUUAUGAUCUUGAGAGCAAUAGUAUCGGGAUUGCGCAGACGGUGUUUAAUUCCACGACGAGUAGUGUUGUGGAGUUUUUUGCUGCGGAGAGUGGGUUCCCGGUUAUGAGUGGAGUGUCGUCGAGUGCCACAGGUAGUGCGACUGGAAAGAGCACUGGUACCGGGAGUGGAGGGGCAGGGACGACGGCUAAACCGACGGGGACGGGGAGCGGGGCUGCGUCGAGUAGCUCGAGUAAAGCUGCGGCUGGAUUGUCGAGUCCCCCGCCUUUUGAUGCGAGGGGUUUGGUUGUGUUGACGGUGGUGGGGUUGUAUUCUUUGGUUGGUGCAGGGUGGCUUCUUGGGUAGAUGGAUUGUUGGAGAUGGGGAGAUAUCAGUAAUGUAAUUACAUGUAUUGUGCAGAUGUAGCUAAAGCAAUAGUGAAUGUUAUGUAAGAUAUCCUGACAUAUGGGACGAUUCUCUGC